UGUUGUCAAAAAACCAAAAUUACAAAAUUAUGUUGAAAUUCGAUUGAUUUACUAAAUCUUUCAAAGGUAUUACACGAUCGGUUAUGUUCGGAAAAGAUUUAAAUUUUCUAAUUUUUUUUAAUUUUUAAAUCUACGUUACUAAAUUCGGAUUAAAUGUACUAAAAUCUUGUGUGUGUGUGCGCGUGUAUUAGGGUUUGUCCAUUUUCAAGUAAUCGGGUGAAAAUAUAAUCAGUUGAAUAAUAUAAUUUAAUUAAAAUUCAAACCGUUAAUACUAAAAUGCUAAUAAAAUGAUGUUAAAAUUUAAAUUAUAAAUAAUAAAUUACUAACUAUAUACCCGCCCGUGCUUCGCACGGGUUAAAGGCUAGUACUUUGAAUAUGUUAACCUGCUACAGCCAACUACGUUAACCUAAAUUCCUAAAUUCAGUGGUGCAGUUCAAUUAAACUGGGCAAAUGAUAGCAACGCCAAUAAUCAACAACAGGACUCACAGUAUUAUUCACUGCAUAGAAUAUUCUCAAAAACAACUAAAAUAAACCAACUUUGCAUCUCAAAUUCUCAGUUCACAUGAACUUGGAAGAGGUGAUCACUUAUCAUGGUAUUAGUAUCAAGUAUGCUCGCGGAAGACUCAGACGUCAUAAGAUUUUAAGAGAGAGAGAGAGAGUCCGAUAUUUUGAAUUAUUUGUCUGUUGGUCUUGAUGUCUAUUUUCCGCUCGUACAGCAUGUUACUAAUAGUUUCUCACUCUAAUAUAUGGCAUAGUGAGCAUUUAUAUUUAAGGAUGAAGGAGAGAUUAGAGCUUUGAACAGUAGCUAAAGCCUCAAAUCCUUUUUGUGUUAGUGACAGUGAUCCUGUUUCCAAGCAAAAUAUCUCAAGGUUCUUACUUUUAUUUUCUUAAAAUCUUUAACAAACACUAUCCCACACCCUGAAACACGCACACGUCAAGAUCACAUCCAACUUAGCUACAAUUUAAUUACACUUUAACUUUCUUGAUUACAUAGAUUAAGUAUCUAUCAAACCCUGCGCACCUGAUAAGAUUCCGGAGUAAUAUUAUUCGAGCUGCUUUGAACACACAUGAUAUUUAUUCUUUACUGUAUAAUCAUUAAAAACAGCCAUGCGUAAGAACUAUAGAAUUAGGUGUAAGUUUGCUAACCAAAACCAUGAGAUAUAAAUUAUAUUUAAACACUUUCAUUAUAGGACUGAACAAGUAACAAAGUAGAAACAAAAAGCUUUGUCAAUUCAACAAAGAAGGCCAGACAAUGAAAAGCCUAAAGAAUUGGAUUUUUGGGACAUUGGCACACAACAGAGUCAAUUCUGUGUUAGGCUUUUCUGUCAUGGCCUUGCUCCUUGCUGCAAUUUAUUUGACUAGGGAUGCGACAAAUUUAGAUGAAUAUUUGUUAAUAGAUGAGGAGUCACCCCCACAAUGUGAUUUAUUUUCUGGAAAAUGGGUUUUUGAUCACAAGUUUGCGCCUUCAUAUAAUGAUCAACAAUGUUCAUUCAUGACUGACGACUAUGCUUGUCAGAAAUUCGGUAGGAAUGAGUCUAUAUAUCAGCAUUGGAGAUGGCAGCCUCAUGAUUGUGAUCUUUCAAGGUUCAAUGCUACGACUCUUUUGGAGAAAUUUAGAGGUAAAAGAAUAACGUUUGUAGGGGAUUCACUGAAUAAGAAUCAAUGGACUUCGCUUCUUUGCUUAAUUGAAUCAUCCAUUCCUCCAUCAGAGAGAUUUGUGCAAUGGAAUGGCUCCUUAGCCACCUUUAAAACCUCUCAAUAUGAUGGGGUAUCAAUUCAAUUCUACUGGGAGCCAUUGUUGGUUGAAUCGAACUGUGAUGAUCCAGCAGAGCAUCAUGUAUUGGAAAGAGUUAUCAAUGUCCACAAAAUUGAAAAGCAUGCCAUGCAUUGGAAAGAUGCAGACAUUCUUAUAUUUGAUUCUUUCAUGUGGUGGCUAUCUCCGAAGAUGACAGUUCUACAGGGAUCAUCUCAAAACUCUGAAGAAAUUAAUAACACAGUGGAGAGAACAGAGAGUUAUAAAAUGGCUUUAAAGACAUGGACGGAUUGGUUGAAUUUGCACGUGAAUCAAACCAAGACACAGUUGUUCUUCAUGAGCUUCUCCCCAUAUCAUCACACAGGUGAAGACUGGGGAAAGAACUCUAACACAAAUUGUUACAAUGAAACUGAGCCAAUUCUGGAUGAAGGAUUUGUGGGGAGUGGAUUAGACAGAGGAAUGAUUGAAGUAGCUGAAAAUGCGGUCCGAGAGCUACAAAGUAAAGGGCUUAAAGUGCAAUAUGUAAACAUAACGAACUUAUCAGAUAGGCGGAAAGAAGCCCAUCCAAGUAUAUAUAGAAAACAGUGGAAGCCUCCAACUGAGAAGGAGUUGGCAAAUCCAAGUAGCUAUUCAGAUUGUGUACACUGGUGUCUUCCAGGAGUACCUGAUAUCUGGAAUCAACUUCUUUAUGCAUACAUAUUACAGUAUACAUAAGAGUUAAGAGUAUAUACAAAAGACUUCAGAAAUUUGAACAUUAUCUCAUGAAAAUUCAUUUACAUUGUUGAACAAUAUGAAGUUCCACAAUCAAAUAUAUAGUUCUUGUUUACACAAAUGUGAUGUGACUGAUGUCAGCUGAAUUAUUACUGUUGUUGCGCUACAAUUGCUGGAGCUAAAUGUUUAA